AUUGGCUUGGACCAUGAUGCUUUGCGCCACCAGAGGGUCCAGCCACAAACCAGCUCCAAGGCUGAGAGUGAACUUGUCACAGAUACUACCUCAUCAAAUGACUCUGUCCUGAUGCACUGAGGAGUCAGAGGCUGCAGGCCACAGCAUGGGCAACUCCUCAAGGAAGGAAGAAGGGGAGGAGGAAGGAGAGGAGGCAGGGAAAGAUGGUGAGGAGUCUGAAAUCACAGAGAAGGAGAAGAAAAAGAAGGAGGAAGAAGAGGAGGUGGAGGAUGAGCUUCCACUUGGGGUGGAGGAGUUGUUUGAGAGUGGAGAUCCCGUACUGGACUUGAGUUAUCGUAAGUUUAAGCGUCUACCGAAGCGUGUUUCUUCGCUGAUGCAUCUGGAGAAGUUGUAUGUUUGUGGAAACAGCCUGCGCACUCUGCCUGACAGCAUCUCCCAGCUGAAGGGUCUGCGGAUCCUCGCCCUCGAUUUCAACAAGAUGGAGGACGUCCCACCGGCCGUGUGCGAGCUCACUAACCUCACCCGCCUCUACCUGGGCAGCAACCGUCUGAUGAGCCUCCCGCCCGAGCUGAAGAACCUGCAGAGUCUGCGCUGCCUCUGGGUAGAGAGCAACUACUUCCAAAGGUUUCCACGUGAGCUCUACGACCUUCCUCACCUCAAGUCUCUGCAGAUCGGGGACAACCGUCUGAAGACGCUGCCCCAUGACCUCACACGUAUGGCAGCUUUAAGGGGAUUAUGGCUCUACGGGAACCGCUUUGAUACCUUCCCAAAAGUCCUGCUGCGUAUGCAGGGUUUAGAGAUACUGGACCUGGACCGCAACAAGAUAACAGAGUUUCCCAGCCUGAAGCGUCUGAAAGCUCUCCGCCUGUUCUCCUAUGACCACAACCCGGUGGAAGAACCUCCCAAAGUGGGUGAAGAGGUUCUUGUAGUUGGGGAAGGUGCCGCUGAGUUCUUAGAGGCUCGUGAAGCGAGGAAGGAGAGGCUUCGAAAGGCGGCAGAACAGGAGGCCGAAGAGUUGGCUCUGGCAGGAGAGGAGCCGGUGAUUCACGGCAUCCUGAAGAACAGCAGCUCCAAACAAGCGGCUAAUGAAGCUGUGCUGAAUUUAGAAGACUCAGAAGUUAAAGAGGAGGAAACAAAGGGGGAGGAGGAGGAGGUGUACGCUGAGUAUGACGGGGCUGAACUAGAAUAUGACGAGGAAGGGGUUGAAUAUGAGACAGAGGAGCUGAUAUGUGAGGGAGAGGGGUUUGAGUAUGAAGGAGAGGAGCUGGAGUAUGAGAGGGCCCAGAUAGACUACGAAUAUGAGGAACUGGAACAUGAAGAGAGGAGAUGA